GGGAAGGUCGACAGGUCGAUUGUCUUGUGCAUCGAUACGUAGCCUCCCACGCCAAGUUUUCUCAAUUUUCCCGCGUGUCCGUCUAUGAUUACGACUUGGAAAAAAAGAUAGUGUUACGUAUCGCACGAUACCAGAUAAAUACGUGUCCUUCGACGAAUGAUCGAGUCAAAGGAACUCCUUUGGACGGUAAUUAAAUUCCUUUAACGUUUUUUUUUUUUCGCACGGCUGUAUAAAGGUGUACGCGUAUGGUAAACGCGUAUAAGUAUGCCAAGAAUUGUGCGAAAGAGGCGAGGUUCGAGCGUUGACAAAAUUGGGAUAGCCGCACUCCAUCGAAUUUGGCAGCGCGAGUGAAGGUUUUUCGUUGCGGAACGAGCUCCGAGCAGAACCAAUUACUUUCAGCCGGAGCCUCGGAGGUGGGAGAAUCUCUACCUGGCCGAGGAGCACCAGCACACGAUUCCGUAAUAUUUAUUUUCCACUGGCGACCAGUGAGUCACUACCUGGCCGGCCACGGUACGGCGAGCUGGUCGCGUCGCGUGUCCGCGUCCCUUGUGUUCUCGCGAACAGUGUGUUCACGGCGACGCUUCGAACAAGUCGACGACUCUCGGAACAAAGGAUCCACGAUUCAAGUGCGAUUCGAGGACCACGCUCCUCUUUGGUGCAAAUGUGACAAGUGUAGCCGCGUUGCUCCGAGUUCAACGGAUUCGGUGCGUCGAGUACAAUGACGUCGAUGUCACCUUUUGUUCACCCUCUGUGCGGCGCGGACAUUACUCGCAUAAAUGUGUGUGGUGCACGUACGUUUUAAAAUUUGUGCCAAAGCCAUAUCGCCGUUGAUUUAUAAACGACCGCGUUUGGUUUGUACUUAGCGACGAUUUUCUAGGAGCAUGAAAAUUCACCGCUCGAGGGGUUAAAGGUAGCUGGAAACGAUCGUAGCACCUGCCGUGUCGCGAAGGCUACAUCGAUACCCGUAGAAACGGGUCGCAAACAACCAGCAAACGUCACCGUUUCCUGACGCGUUUGUUCGUCGAGGGAAUAUACGAUUGUGCGCGUACUUGAGCGAUCGAUGCAAUUACGCUGCGUGGAAACGAUCCCGAGGAAGUUAAACGGUUACGUUUGUACGGUAUAUAUCGAUAACCUGUAGUUCGGAGCGUGGUUACAUUGUUGACUUUCUAUCGGAGAAACAAGAUUGCAGUUGCCGACUCGAGGAUCGCGUGUAGAGAGGAAACGGAGCAGAACAACGGAAUUAGUCCCGGUAACAAUUUGCGGCGUUAUCUGUGCGUGAACAAGAAUCGAUAACCGAUCGACGACCAGUGCUCGUAUGUCGAUCGACUCGCGUUUUUCUCGCGUAAUUUUCCUGCGAUUUCGACGCUGCUGCUCCGAGGUGCAUCGAUAGUACGCGCGUGCGUGCACUGCACGUUAAUUCGUGUGUCAAGUACAAUUUACGGGAUCGUUUGUAAGCAACACUCUCGACGGAGGAUUACGUUGGCAAUGUGGGAUCACAGUUGAUCGUUUCCGGUAGCGAGAGACUUUAACGAUCGACGAAAAAACCGGUACGGACUCCCAUGUCGCACGAGCUGGCUCCCGGUGUGAAAAAAAAGUGAACUUCUCGGUUUUUAUUCUCGCAACGCGAAACACAAUUUAUCGACGGUACACGAAGGUGAACGUCGGUGACUCACACGUAUAGAUUAUCGAUCUAACUUAUUCCGUUACGUUUACGAAACAGCUUUUCCAAUCGCUUUAAGACGCACACUUGAAAUUACCUUCGAUCCAAGCUGAUAGCGUUAUCGGCCGUUUCCAAAUAAAACGAAGAACGAGUUGUCGCGUGCGCGAGUUCGCACAUCUCUGUCGCGUAAUCGAUACGUUUACGAGCGUAUACGUCGAUCGAUUUCAGAUUUACUUCGUGAUAGAAGAAUUUCGAGUCGAUCGUCGAGGGAAUUGCGCGGGGACAGUCGUUGACAGUGUUUUGUCGUACAAAUAAAUAUACGUGUAUACGUAACACCUUGGUUAAACAGAAUUUUGGACAGUUAUUCCGAUAAACACAUCGUAUAAUUCGGAUUGCAGCAUAUUUAUCUAGAAGACGAAUUUGUUUAUAUCCGCACAACGCGCACGUGCUACUGUGUACCGUGCAUCGAAACUGUUUACUUUGAAAUAUCAUGUACAGGUGCGUGUACGUGUGUCGUCAGCUCGUAUCGAAAGGGAUAGCAUCGAUGAAUCGCGAUAUGAAUGCCGUAACAGCGAAUCAACGGUGGGACAGCAGCUAGCGCGGUGUUGACUAGCGUAUUGUUCACCUUACGAACGUUACAAAUGGUUCUGACGUGUGACCGGUCGGCCACCUGGUCCCGCGUGUGUCGUUCUUGCAAACGACAGUAAAGGUCACGGCUUGGCCAAACACGCAACACAUUCGACUGUGAAUCGCGCGCGCGACAAGACGUGCGGGCCACGAUGCUGCCGAAAAAGGAAGGACAACCGGAGCCUUACGCUCUGGAGGAUAUGAUCACCGAUCUUCAAGCGCGACGACACUCCCUGGACCAAGAGGACCUCGAGGAUCCUGUGGAGCUUCUCAAGAAACGCGACAGGGAUCUAGUGUUAGCCGCUGAACUCGGUAAAGCGCUCCUCGAGAGGAACCAGCAGUUGACCAAGCAGAGGGAGGCCCUCGUCGAGGAGUACGCGGCGAAAUUAGAGAGUCUAGAACAAGAGAGGCACCUACUGCGAAGAAGGCUGGAGGAAGUCAAGGGCGACAGCGAGGCGAAAACUUUGGAGCUCCAGGCAGACGUGGAGACGCUUAGGCGUCAGCUGGAGGAGCAGAAUGAACGUGCGAGACGAGCGGAACGGGAUCAAGCGACUCUCGUUACAGAGCUUACCGCUCAAAACUCGAGGUUCGCCGAUCAGCUGAGGGAAGCAGCCAAACAGGAAGAACAGUUGCUCAUCGAGGUCAAGGUGCUCAGGGAAAAGUGUGCCCUUCGAAGUACCACGCUCCAGGAUCACGUCAGCAGCUUGGAGGUUCUCAGGGACGAGGUUCAGCUGGUGUCCGCGCAACGAGCAGAAUUAGAGAGGAGGUCCUUGGAGUUGCGGGAGGAGAGGGCGAGGGCGAUGGCGGCACUCGAAGAUGCCGAGGAGAGAGCAGCGGCCUUGGAGCGGCUCGGUCACGAGGCGGAACUCCGGGCGAAACUGGCCGAACGGGAGAGGGACGAGCUAACGGCGACGUUGGCGGUCAUCGAGGAAGGAAGAAGAGGUAGAUCGAACUCGAUACAAAAACCCCCGAGGUCCCUGCUGGUCGAGAUGGAAUGCGAGGAAAACGGAAGCUCGCUGGGGGAGCAGGACGACCUACGCUCCGAGGUGGCCAGGGCGAUGAAGCGUUUGAAGGAGCUGUGCGUUCAUCUGAGACGAGGGGAAGACGACUCGGGGCUGCAGAGCGACUGCGACGAGUCCAUGCUCGUGAUCGUGAACAACACCGCGGAUGCAGAGGAGGUGACCACCAACGGGCAGGAGACCCUCCCGAGCUCGGCAAACUGUCCUGGUGCUUUGCUGGAUCUCGUAGAGGACGUCUAUAAUUUAGCCAUGUCCGGAAGGGGAGCUCCUGGGGAAUUAGGUCUAGCGGUGGAGCUCCACAGGGUACGCGAGGAGCUGGAACAAGCUAAGGAACAACAGAAGCAGACUCAGGAAGAGCUGAAGAGACGCGGAGAGCUUCUGCUCGACACGACGAGCAAGCUGAGCGUGUGCGAGGCCGAGUUGCGCGGCGUGAAAGAGGAACGUGACAGAGCUCGCGGCGACAUGGAGCACUCGCAGCUGACCAAGGACGAGGUCCUGGCCCAGGCUUAUAAAGUCAGGGAUCAAGCGGUGGCUAGAAAGAACAGGGCCGAGGUGGAGCUAGCUAGGACGAGGAUAGACGUUCUCCAGGCUAACAGCCAACUGAUGGAAGCCAUCCAGCAAAAGGUCGAGCUUAGUCAGCAGCUCGAGCAGUGGCAGAUGGACAUGCAGUCCCUCUUGGACGAACACGUGCGAAGCAAGCUAACGCCCCUCGCGAACGCCAUCAGCACCUUAAACCCCGACAACGGGGAAAUCGUUCCUCCGGCGAGGAAGAAGCGGAGCAGUAGCGCGUCGAAGAAGAUGUUCGGUUUCUUUUGACGAAAAUGAAUGUCCUCGUGGCGCGAAACGAAAUGAAAUGGACACCGGUGCACGGUGAGAGACGAAGACUGGCGCUCGAAGGACCUAGGUUUCUUCCUGCGUCUACGUCGCGACGUCGACGUAAUUAGGGACCAUUUGACCUCGCGGUUGCGUUCAGGGACCGCCGAGUCGAAUUCGAGGAGUCGCGACAUUUUCAAAGAUGCGCGAUAUUUUCGGGGGCACCUCGAUCAAAUUGUCGACGGUAGAUUUUUGGUGUUUCAAUCGCGUGGAGAGUCGCGGAGUGUGCAGUCCAUUCCGACGUGCUGGGGUCUGAAGCGAGGAAGGAGAUUUCUUCUCUAAUGCGAGACGAAUGCGUCUAGGAAGGAAAGCGAAGAGUAAAUCGGUCAGCUCGAGCCUUCGAAGCGGUUGCUUAUAGCGAAACGUACCUAAACGCUUGUUUUCCCUUCGCGCUGAUGUUUGAAGAGCGACUGGUCAUUCCGGUAAUCGCGGUACGGGCUCGUUACCUUUGCAAGAACGAUCUCUAAGUAGCGUCAACUCGUAAAGAUCUCUUCUGGUUCGCGGGUUCAAACUUGCUAUUAUCGCGAGUGAUGCGUUUGAGAGAAACUGACGGACAUGCCGAUUGUUUUUCUGUUAUCUGGCGAGAUUCGAGGCGGCCCGAAGGAAGUCGUGGGGCUGCAAAUCCAACGCCGUUUGUGAUAGACCCGUGUCUUACGUUAGGUUUACGAGAAAGUGAAAUUUUGUUAUCGUUGAUUGUGAUAUGGAUAUUUUAUGACUGUUACGGUGAAUUCAACGGUCGCAUUUAUGACGUUACGGCGCUAUUGCCCGUCGCCGAUGAACAGAAACUCGAUUAGAAAAAAAGAAUCGAUCACAUCGAUUAAGCAUGCACGAGAGAAUGCUUUUGUUUUCGCGUUCUUGUAUUUUUCGAAUCUAAACGCGUAGGAUCACUUCGGCGGUAGUCGAACGAAUUAGUUACUUCCAAAUUUUAGUCAUGGAUUUAUCGUUUAUUUAUGUGUUAUUUAUUUUGUAAAAAAAUCCGUACAAGGUUACUCUCGUGAACUGUUAAUAAUCAUAUUAAUUUUUAUUUUUUCAUACUUUGCUAUUAGCUUUUAUGUUAACGAGAAAUUUUAAGAAAAUUAUCAGUUGGAUGUCGGUGGACUACCGACGAAGCGAUCCUAAUAGCUACUGGAGUCUUUGAAACGUAACUACUAACAUCCGUCCAUCCGUUCAAGCGGACCAGAAAACUGUUGCGCCGAUGAGAGUUGUAAAAAGAUGAAAACGUUACGGCUGGCGGUGAAAGUUGAUCGAUUCAGCCGCGACCCUACGCCCUUUUACACGCCAGUGCAAUAACGCUAGAGAAAAUGUUAUGCGCGGGUCGCGGUUGCCGACCGCGACGAUAUUUCGCUCGGCGUUCAAUUUUCAUUCCAGUCCGAAACGGUUAGCUUUAAUUAACGAUCGCUGUGUUAAGUAAUACCAGAGCGGUUGCACGCGGAUCGGUAACGCGCGCACGUAGCGUCUUUUGUACAUUAGUAGCUGUAUGAUUCCCGAGCUGAGCAAUUGUGACAACAUAGGUAUUUAUUUAAUAAAAAGUCUGUUUUAUGAAGGAAACACCUGAUCCGAUGUUCAAGAAGUUUGGGACUUGAAUAAAAACGAGCUUGAAAAGAAACAAAUAGGCAUUUAUUCACAAGAGGCAGGUGUAGUUACAGUAGUUUCAUUCUGUCGCUUUUAUAUAUAUAUAUAUUAAAUAUUAUAUAUAUAUAUAUAUUUAAUAUAUAAUAUGAAAUAUAAUUUAAUAUAUAUAUAUAUAAUAGUAUCUCACGUCCGUUAUAAUUAUCGAUCGGUCCAACUACGCAAUAUAAAUGGGCAUGAACAAUGGGGGAGGGGGCGGGUGCAUACAAAGUGUUUGUUUGUCCUUUCGUACAUUCUAAAAACGACAGGUCCGCGACGUCCUUACGAAACGCCACGCUAGGAUUAUACAUUUCUCCUCGCUCGUUAGAAUUUGUUUCUCGUCUCGUGGGUACGCGCAGCAAGAUUCUAUCCCGAAGGGGCCACAGGGCUGGGCAAAUGUCAUUCGAACAAUAAACGCGACGAAAAUUGAGGUUCAUCUUUUACUCGUAAUUAGAAAUUUUUAUCUAGAUUAGUACAAUCUGGAUACGAAUUUCGAAUAACGAGUAAGAGAUAAACAGUUUUCUAUUCGUUUUCGUUCGAAUAGAAAUCGAAACUUCAAAGAUAGAAUGAGAAUUAUAUAUAUAUAUAUUGUAUUGUUUCUUUUUCUGCCCAUCUCUGAAAGGAGAACGAAAAAGAUUCUCCGUUUCCGAAUAGAAUCCAGUUGACUUCCUCCCAGCAACGACGUUCCGAUAUUCAUGACGUCGACUAAAAAUCGAACGUUUAUCGUUCCCCAUACAUUUUACAGUCGUCGAUCGCGCGACUCAUUGAAGGCGAUCGUCACGCGAGCAUUGUUUCCUCUCCUUCUCCUUUCUUUUUUUAUAUCCUCGUUAAUCGGUGUAGUCGACGGUAACAAUAUUUAUUUAGAAUAUUUUAUAUUAAUACGCGACAAGACGACACGACAGCGACUUGUUCCAUUUGUUUCCCUCGUUCGUUCUCCGUCUCGUCGACGCGACACUGAUCGCGACAACAAUAGAAUUAACAAUGAUGAAUGCGUGAGAUCGGUGAUGAUCCGGUUUCGAUGACGAUUAAUUGUGACGAGG